AUGCCGCCUCACCUAUCGUCUUCCGCCUUGCUAUCCUCUUCUGCCUCACCCUAUCUUCUUCCGCCUCACCUAAUCCUUUCCGCCCAUCCUCUUCCGCCUCACCUGAAAUCUAUAUUUAUGCCUCCACCUGCUAUCCUAUUUCACCUGCUAUCCUCUUCCGUCUCACCUGCUAUCCUCUUCCGCCUCACCUGCUGCUAUCUUUCCGUCGUUUUAUCCUCUUCCGCCUCACCUGCUAUCCUCUUCCGUCUCACCUUUCAAUCAUUCCGCCUCACCUGCUAUCUUCCGUCUCACCUGCUAUCCUUCCUUCUAUCCUCUUCCGCCUCACCUGCUAUCCUCUUCCGUCUCACCUGCUAUCCUCUUCUGCCUCACCUGCUAUCUGCUAUCCUAUUCCGUCUCACCUUUUCACCUGCUAUCCUCUUCCGCCUCACCUGCACCUGCCUCAUCCUCUUCCGCCUCACCUGCUAUCGUCUUCCGCCUCACCUGCUAUCCUCUUCUGCCUCACCUGCUAUCUUCUUCCGCCUCACCUGCUAUCCUUUUCCGCCUCACCUGCUAUCCUCUUCCGCCUCACCUGCUAUCCUCUUAUGCCUCACCUGCUAUCCUCUUCCGUCUCACCUGCUAUCCUCUUCCGCCUCCCCUGCUAUCCUCUUCCGCCUCACCUGCUAUCCUCUUAUGCCUCACCUCAUCCCUAUUCCGCCUAUCCUUCCGUCUUGCUAUCCUCUUCCGCCUCACCUGCUAUCCUAUCCUCUUUCCGCCAUCCUCUUCCCUCACCUGCUAUCCUCUUCCGCCUCACCUAUGCCUCACCUGCCAUCCUCUUCCGUCUCACCCUCUCCACACCGUGCCAUCCUCUUCCGUCUCACCUGCUAUCCUCUUCCGUCUCACCUGCUAUCCUCUUCCGUCUCACCAACCAUCCCUCUUCCGCCUCACCUGCUAUCCUCUUCCGCACCUGCCAUCCUCUUCCGCCUCACCUGCUAUCCUCUUCCGUCUCACCUGCUAUCCUCUUCGCCCUUUUAA